GCCACAGGUAGGUAAUAUAUUACAUGUUACUGCCAAGCCUCAGUUACCCUAUCGCUGUCGCCUUCAAUGAGCCCACGCUAUCACCAGGCCUGGGGCCUUCAAGCUUCAAGUUGUGGUCAACCAGUUACACAACUUGGAACUCUUUGUACCCCGAAUUUACGUCCAGUGAGAAAGUGGCCAACCAGAGCAAACCGACGCGUUCCUGGGCACCCUGCUGAAGUUGGCCGUCAUCCGAACGUACUGCUAACCUCUAGUAAGAGAGGGCCAUAUUUUGUUGAACCUUCACGCCU